AGAGCGGAUGUGCAGAUGUAUUAGGAGAUUUACGGCGCGCAGUGAUCUAGGUGACAUACGGUACCAGGAAGUGAGUGCUGAGUGUGUGGACACUAUCAGGAGAGAGGCUUCAGAUCAGCACGAGGCAGUGCUGGGGACUAAGCAGUGCUCGAGGCAAUCAAUUGCCAUCAAAAGAAAGCUCUAUUUGUGGAAAGAAAAGGACGCCGAUUUCGUUUCGGGAACAACAUUGCAUGACCGCGCAAUUACCAGUUAAAGCAGCGCAGUGCCAAAUUGUAAAAACACCUUGGGUCCUUUACCUGCCUAAAGGUCCGGGUCCUAAGUGGUUAAAACAAGCUGAGAAUCUUGACUGAGGUGGAGCCAGUCAUCUCUCAUUGUGCCGUCCUGUAAGACUUCCCACAAACACCGUUACUGGUGAAAUUAAUACACUAAGAAUGGAAAGAGAGUUUACCCCCCUUAAGUGUCUCCAACCAUCAGAACAUUUGAACUGUGGGCUUAUUAUUCUUAAUCAACCCCUGAACAGCACUCUGUUGAUUCAACUAUGGCGUAAAGCUAUUAUCAAAGCCUGUGCUGAUGGGGGUGCAAAUCGUCUAUAUCAUAUCACAAAUGGUCAGCAAGAUGAAUAUUUGCCAGAUUUCAUCAGUGGUGACUUUGAUUCUCUACAGCCGUUGGUGAAGGAAUUCUAUACUGAAAAGGGAUGUGAACUAAUUAACACACCAGAUCAAGACCAUACUGACUUUACAAAGUGCCUUUCAAUCCUACAAGAUAAAAUUAUUCAAAACAAGCUUCAGGUGGAUGUCAUUGUUGUUCUGGGUGGACUUGGGGGACGUUUUGACCAGAUUAUGGCUUCAGUGGAGACACUCUAUCAUGCUGUCAAAAUCACCUCCAUCCCUGUAUUAGUGAUUCAGGAUUCAUCUCUUAUCUAUCUUCUGCAGCCUGGAAAACACAAAUUGAACGUAGCAACAGGAAGAGAAGGGAAAUGGUGUGGCCUCAUUCCUGUAGGAUCUCCAUGUCGUUCUGUGACUACAACUGGCUUAAAGUGGAAUCUCACUGCUGGAGUGCUGGCAUUUGGAACUUUGGUCAGCACCUCAAAUACCUACGAUGGCAGUGGCAUUGUUACAGUGGAAACCGAUAGUCCUCUAAUAUGGACCAUGGGAAUUAAGUCCUCCAUCAAUGAAUGAAAAGACUCUAAAAAAGCAGCUUCUAGAGAAUUCAACUGUAACAACUGUAAUGUUCAAAUGAUUAUCCUCAUGGGAAACAAACUUUUCGAAAGCCAAACUUUAUUGCUAUGUGAAAUACUGUUUAUAUUCUGAUAUUUUAUACACUUGCUAAGACGUAGGUAAAAUUUUACAUUCCACACUGUUUUCAUAUUGCCAGCAUUUUCUUUAUUUUUCAAAUGUAUAUCAAGAAAGGUUUGCCAAACUGGGUGUUCUUCUAACUAUAAGCAUGAUUGCAUAUAAUAUGGGCAGGAACUUCACUCAAAGUGAAGUACUGCUUAUUCUUUUCCUCCCCCCUCCUGUAAUAGAGUUGCAGAGGCAUUGCAAGAAGGCUAUUGCUUGUUCCUCCCCGCCCGCAGCCUUUUGGGACACAUCACAAAUCCCAGGAGGCUGCAGGGCCAGUCUCCUGCACCAGGCAAUCUUGCACAUGAUUAGUGUGGAGCCAGCCAUGAUUCAUCAGAAAGUCACAGCCAAAUCCAACAUGGCGGCACUGAGGACCAGCAGCAAUGAGAAGAAUCAUCUAAAUUAAGACAGUAGUUACAAUAUUUAUAACCACUGACUUUGAAUGUUUAUAAAAUGUGAUGAAGUUCCUCUUUAAGUUUAGUUGUUUUUUUUUAAUCGACACCAGGUAGAAUACAUUGAAUGAAUUUUAAUUUGUCUGAUUCCCCAGGUUAAUGCAACCUGCUGUAUCUUUCACGGGUACUCAUCAGAAGUGCAAACCAUGCCCGCCCUGCUUUAUUUAUAAGAGAAGUAAUACCUCUUCCUGCAAUGAAUAGCACUCUAAUUAAUGUAGGGCAGGUGGAUGAAUCGAAGGUCCUCCUACUCCAUUCAUAGAGCACUUUUCAAUGCGGGAAGCAAUAGUACAUCUUUAAGGAAUGGAGAUGAGGGGGCAGAAAGGACGGGCAAAGUCAGCAGUUUUGACAAAAGCCUUUGACCGGUCCUGAGGCUCAUAUUAACACUGGAAUAACACAAAUGCAGGGGUAUCCAGGGAAGCAGAGGAAUUCAAUUUUCAACAAACAUAGCAAUAACCAGCACAAGGGACACUUUAUGUUCAAUGUAAGUUCCUCCUUUGUGCCAAUUAUUU